AUUCAAUCAGCCAGGUAUCGGUAGCAAGUGCCCAUAAAAGAAACCAACCACGAUAACUAAAGCUGAACAAAAAGAAAAAUGACGACAACAUCAGCCAUCUCUUGUGUUAUCCAAGCACUCGGUUUUGUCCACGAAGAACGUUUCCAUGAAGCCGUGGCCAAGGCGAGCAAAGCCACAGGAGGACAGAAUCGGACGCUUUGGAGCUCGGUCUUUUCCGCGACCACACUCGAGAAGCAAUUCUCGGUCGAAUACUCGUACGUGGUGCCUGGAGACCAGGAAAACAAUGCUGACAAUACAGAAGAAGUGCGAGGAGUCCUCCACUUUCAAGCUUCCCAUGAAAAAGCGUCGCGAUCGCCGGUAGUCUACUACAGAAUCCAAGGCAGUGGCAGCGACAAAGAUGGAUCAUUCCAAAUAGUGGAAGGCAGACUAUCGCCCUAUACUGGUGCGAUGUACUGGAUCCAAGAGCCAGAUCGAUCCAAUGAAUCGUUGACCCCAAUGGUUCUGGUUUCGGGUACGGCCCGACGACUCGACAGAAUCGUAGCAGGCCAAGAAACCACCAUCAAGGAGACCCAAGAAAAGAACGAUACUAGUACCGCCUUUCAUGGCAAAUGGCACGCCAGCAAUGGUACCAAGGGUGGAUUUGAAAGCUUUCACUUUCGACUGGCAUAGGUUAGUUGACGGGAAGCACGUUUUUGAUACAUCAUGCAUGAUACGUACAGAUUUUAAAAGGAGGUUCCAUUUUAAUAAUUAAACUUGUUGAAGCUCCUAGCCAAAGUGGUGUAGAACUCAGGUACUUGAGGAGAUUCGUCUCAGCGAUUAAGCCCACA